AUGGCGGCGCCGCCGUGGGUGAUCCUGCGCCGCCGCCUCGGCCUCGUCUCUGCGCAAGCGGAGGCGGAGCGCCCCGUCUCCAUCUCCGUCGCGCUCAGGGAGCCGCCGCGCGUCACCGUCCUCGACGUGUCCCCACGCCUCCACCGCGGCCCCCGCCCCUUCGACAAGCUCCCCUACCUCGUCGCCACCGGCCCCGGCGUGCUCCUCGUCUGCUUCGCUGCCGGCGAGGUCCCCACCGUCACCGACGACCUCGUUCUGGUGCGGAGCUUCGUCUCGCCGGGGGACCCGUGGCGCCAGCCGACCACGGGCUCCCCCGACCUCGUACCCCGGCGCGCCGGGCCCUCCAUGCCCGCCUCCUACGACAUCCGGAGCGUCGGCCUCACCACCGUGAUGUUCGGCGGCUACCUCAUCGCCGAGCUCCGGGUCACCAGGACCAGCGACCGCGCCAAGCUCCUCCGCCUCUUCUCGCUCGACGAGCGGUGGUUCGGCAAGGCCAGCCUCUUCUCGCGCGACGACCAGGAUGGCAGGGCGCAGGAGUGGUCUCCCUCCGGCGUGCUCGACCACGACAAGAAGCUCUGGUGGUUCGACCUCUCGUGGGGGCUCAUCAGCUGCGACCCCAACGUCGACGACCCCGUCCUGCGCUUCCACGACCUCCCGCCGGGCCGCUAUCUCGUCGAGCCCAGGCCGUUCAUCCACACCAUCCGCUGCAUCUGUGUGAGCGACCACAUGCUGCGGUACGUGGACAUCGCCCGCGACAUUGAUGUAGACGGUAUAUGGGCCACCGAAGAGAAGGUGGUCAUGUGGACGGGGGUCCCCAGCUCUGACGGCGGCGAUGGCGACGGCGACCACGGCAUUAGGUGGGAGCAUACGUACGAGAUGAGCUUCCAGGAGAUCUGGAACGACGCCAGCUACGGGGAGACCCAGCUGCCGGCGGCUAUCCCUGAAAUCGUGCUCGUGCACCCCAGGCACCCCAAUGUGGUCUACUUCUUUCUGGGGAGGACCCUCUUCGCCGUCGACGUGCUUCUGCAUCGGGUCGUGUGGUUCGUCAAGGAUGCCCACAAGCUCGUGGCGCCAGGGCUGCAGGCGCUGCGUCCUCCCAUGGGACCUACCAGCCUCGAUUGCCAAUGGUAA